ACAUGCACUCCGGGCUUGCUCUGGUGUGACGGCUUUCUGAGAUCCCUUUGUGAGCGCAGGUUUUGAAAGCCAACGACCCCGGGUUCUGGGUUUGAGCCGCGCAGGGAGCCGCGGGAGGAAGGCUGUCGGAGCCGCGCGACCCGCCUCCAGACCCAGCACGUCGCCGGGGCUGCGCGCUCCCGAAUCCGCGCCACCGCCUCCGGCCUGGCCCGAGGGCACCCGGGCGGCGAGGACCCCAGGUCCAGCAGCUAGUCAUGGAGAGCCAACGCUCAUCACCUCUGUCUUUCUCUACUCUUCCACAAGAAGAGACCUCGCAUCAGGCCCCUGCUGGACUCCCCCAAGAAACCGUGUUCCCAUCCUGCAUUCUUCCCCCGAAAGAAAUUCCUUCUUUGUCUCCCGCCACUCCCCGGCAAGGCUCGCUGCCCCAGACUGCCAGUGCUCCCAAGCAAGAGACUUCUGGCCAGAUGUCGCAUGUUCUCCAGAAGGGACCAUCACUCCUGUGUCCUGCUGCAGCUGCACAAGACUUACAUCACCAGGAGUCCCCAGCUUCCCAGGAAGAAUCCCAUUACCCUCCCUCUGCUGCUGAGCAGGAAAUCCCCCUUCUCUCCCACUCCACCCACCAUCAGGAAGCUCCACUCCACUCUCCUGAAGUUCCUGAGAAAGACUCGGUGACUCUUUCCCCAACAGUUCCUGAGACUGACAUGGACCCCCUCCUCCAGAGCCCUACUUCCCAAAAAGACACUCCUUUCCAUUCCUCUUCUACAGCCCAGAAGGAACAGCCACUGCCCACCGCAGAGAUCACUCGCUUGGCUGUGUGGGCUGCCGUCCAAGCAGUGGAGAGGAAACUGGAGGCCCAGGCUAUGAGGUUACUGACCCUGGAGAGCAGGACAGGGACAAAUGAAAAAAAGAUAGCCGACUGUGAGAAGACAGCCGUGGAGUUUGCAAACCAUCUGGAGAGCAAGUGGGUUGUGCUGGGGACCUUACUUCAGGAGUAUGGACUGCUGCAGAGGCGGCUGGAGAACAUGGAGAAUCUGCUGAAAAACAGAAAUUUCUGGAUCCUGCGACUGCCCCCAGGCAGCAAUGGAGAAGUUCCCAAGGUCCCUGUCACGUUCGAUGAUGUCGCCGUCCAUUUCUCAGAGCAGGAAUGGGGAAACCUUUCUGAGUGGCAGAAAGAACUCUACAAGAAUGUGAUGAGGGGCAACUACGAGUCUCUGGUUUCCAUGGACUAUGCAAUAUCCAAACCAGACCUCAUGUCACAGAUGGAGCGUGGGGAGAGGCCAGCCAUGCAGGAACAGGAGGACUCUGAGGAAGGUGAAACACCCACAGACCCCAGUGCUGCGCACGAUGGCAUUGUGAUUAAGAUCGAGGUACAGACCAAUGACGAGGGCUCAGAAAGUCUGGAGACACCAGAGCCCCUGAUGGGCCAAGUAGAAGAACAUGGUUUUCAGGACUCAGAGCUGGGCGACCCCUGUGGAGAGCAGCCAGACCUGGACAUGCAGGAACAGAACACGCUGGAGGAGUCCACUGAAGGGUCCAGUGAGUUCAGUGAGCUCAAGCAGAUGCUGGUGCAGCAGAGAAACUGCACAGAGGGGAUCGUGAUAAAAACUGAGGAGCAGGAGGAGGAAGAGGAGGAAGAGGAAGACGACGAGCUGCCACAGCAUUUGCAGUCCCUCGGACAGCUGUCCGGGCGAUAUGAGGCCAGUAUGUACCAGACCCCCCUACCGGGUGAGAUGUCCCCUGAAGGCGAGGAAAGCCCCCCGCCCCUGCAGCUGGGCAACCCAGCAGUGAAGAGGCUGGCGCCCAGCACUCAUGGCCAUGGCCAUGGGCAUGGGCAUGGCGAGCGGCACCUGGGCGAGAACCGCGGGACCUCAAGCCAGCAACAGCGGAACCGGCGUGGCGAGCGGCCCUUCACCUGCAUGGAGUGCGGCAAGAGCUUCCGGCUGAAGAUAAACCUCAUCAUCCACCAGCGCAACCACAUCAAGGAGGGGCCCUACGAGUGCGCCGAGUGCGAGAUCAGCUUCCGCCACAAGCAGCAGCUCACGCUGCACCAGCGCAUCCAUAGGGUGCGCGGCGGCUACGCCUCCCCCGAGCGCGGCUCAGCAUUUAACCCCAAGCACUCGCUCAAGCCGCGUCCCAAGUCACCCAGCUCGGGCAGCGGUGGCGGCCCUAAGCCUUACAAGUGCCCCGAGUGUGACAGCAGCUUCAGCCACAAGUCAAGCCUGACCAAGCACCAGAUAACACACACGGGCGAGAGGCCCUACACGUGCCCUGAGUGCAAGAAGAGCUUCCGCUUGCACAUCAGCCUGGUGAUCCACCAGCGUGUGCACGCGGGCAAGCACGAGGUGUCCUUCAUCUGCAGCCUGUGCGGCAAGAGCUUCAGCCGCCCGUCGCACCUGCUUCGCCACCAGCGGACUCACACCGGCGAGCGGCCCUUCAAGUGCCCGGAGUGCGAGAAGAGCUUCAGCGAGAAGUCCAAACUCACCAACCACUGCCGCGUGCACUCGCGCGAGCGGCCACACGCCUGCCCCGAGUGCGGCAAGAGCUUCAUCCGCAAGCACCACCUGCUGGAGCACCGGCGCAUCCACACGGGCGAGCGGCCCUACCACUGCGCCGAGUGCGGCAAGCGCUUCACGCAGAAGCACCACCUGCUGGAGCACCAGCGCGCGCACACCGGCGAGCGGCCCUACCCCUGCACGCACUGCGCCAAGUGCUUCCGCUACAAGCAGUCGCUCAAGUACCACCUGCGGACCCACACGGGCGAGUGAGCGCGCCCUGCCCCCGCCCGGCCGAAUGCCAGGCCAGGUGGGAGGUCCGGAGACCCCCACGGACUGGUGUCUCGGCUGCCACCGAGUCCAGCUGGCGGGGGCGGGGCGCCCCAAGCCCUUCUGCUGUGAACCCUCCUCCCCUUCCGUUCCUCCUCCCCAGGACUUGGGGUAGAGAGACCAGGUUGCUUGUUGCCUGCUUCCCCUGGGCCCCAGGGGGGAGAGCUUGGGCCUGGGGAACCCUUUCAGGCUGUUAAUUUCCUUGACAAUAAAAUGGAUGAAACCAAUCUGCAUGGGGGCAGUGAUUUGGCUGCCGGCCACUCGCAGGCGCUGAGCAGGGCCGUUUAGUUGGGGCUAGAACUUUAUAAUUACCUUUUGGAUACUGUGGUUCUAUUUGAUAAUAAUAGAGUAAUUUUGAAAAGAC